AUGGACGCAGGCACAGCCGCUGCAACUUCCAACGGAAGACUCAGACAACAGCUUCUAUCGACUGAUUCGUAUGCAGAUCAGGGUGCACAAUUCGAUCCUUAUGGAAUGGAAACUCGCAAGGUUCCAGGGCUGCGAAAAGCCUCACUUACGUCGCAAUCAGCCUUGUCUAUGAACCGGUUUUUUCGGCGAAAAGGUCCCGCAGAUGGUGCUUUCAACGAUGAUUCUGGCGCAGACGUGCUGGACUUUACUAACGGAGCCAAUGUUUCGUUUGACGAUAUUGCUCAUCUUCGAGACCAUGGUCCAUACGUAACGGGCAUGGGCAGACAAGAUACGGCGCCUAUCAUACCGACCUUAGGAACUGGCAGUACUGGUGGAAAGUCGGUCAACAACGUCCAGUACCGGAAACAAAUGAACCAGCAGAAAAAAUUGGCAUUGGCUUCAAGUGCUCGAGCAAUGUCGAUGGGUGGACAGAACCCUAUGAAUCCACCAGGUGAUCCCAGAGCCAUGUCGAUGGGUGGAUUCAAUUCUAUGAACGAUCCUCGAUCUAUGUCGUUGAUGAGUGCCAACCCUAUGAACGAUCCGCGCUCAAUGUCACUUAUGACCGGGAACCCAAUGGACCCUCGUACGAUGUCCAUGGGUGGAAAUAUGCCAAAUGGACUAAAUGUUACAAAUGGCCCAAAUAUGCCAAAUGGUCCUUACGGUGUUCCUGCCAAUGGCCGCGCAAUGUCUAUGGGUGGACCCCGUACAAUGUCUAUGGGCCAAAGACCCCCAAUGGCUCAGUAUGGUCAGAUGCCUCAAGGUCAACCACUGUACCAACAAGGACCUCACGGACAGUAUAAUUCCCAGCAAUAUGGACCAUACGGCUACCAACAGCCUGGACCUGGUCAACCUGUUCCGGGUCAACAGGGUCAAUACGGUCCGCGCCCAAUGCCUUUGCGCCAAGGUCCUAAUGGUGCCGGUCCAAGGACAAUGUCGCUUACGAGUAAUGGAAAUAUUUCGCCCAAUAGGAUGCCGCCGAACCAGCAAUUGCGUCCUCCUGGACCAAUGGCGCCUCCUAUUGGUGUCAAUCAGAACCAGCUUUACUCACGAAAUCUCAUUGGUUCCAAUGGGGAAAUGUACCAGCGAGUAUCGCCCACAGAAUCACAGGGUGAUAUAACACAGUCGAGCGACUCAUUGAUGAAGGUUGAAGAGGAAGAAGAACAUGUCAAUAAUGACAAUUCGCACCUUUCGAACGAGGACGACGAUGUGGUGUACAAGUUCAAUGAAGAGGACGAAACCGUGUCCCGCAAAUCGACAUUACAAAAAUCCAAUUCGAUGCGUCUACGCAAAUUAGACUUGUUUAACCAUGACAGACAACCCAGCAAAUUGGCCCAGGACGAGAUUGACACACCAGUUGAUAUUGAUAAUGCGUCGUUUGAAACCAGAUCGUUUGAAAGCACAGAAGGGGAUCUCAAUGUUAAUACUUCAGAUAACCAAAAUUGGAGAUCUGACAUAGACCGCGAGCAAGAGAUUAUGCCCUCUCCCACGGUAGGCGGUACUCCACAAGGUGCUGAUGGGUAUAAUGAUCCACUUCCAUCUCCUACAAAAGCAAGGGGUCUUUCUGAAUUACCUGAAGACCGUGUCUCGCAUACACUACCCAGCAAACCAUCAAUACGGCUGCUUGUUACGAACACAGCGUACCAGAACUUCCGUCCUCCAGCGAAUGAUUCAAACCUCACUUUGGGAAGCUCCAAUUACUCAGAUAUCAACACCCCAAAAGACGAGUUUGUCAGCGGUAGUUUUGCUGAUUCUGGAGAUCACAACGACCACGAUGAAGAUGAACAAAGAAAUAGCGAAAAAGCACACCGCUGGUCUCAACAGGAGACAGCUCCCACCACAGCCAGUACGUCUCACGGCUCUCAUCGCUCAGAGGACCACAACCAGCAUGCUCGUGAUGUCGACCAUAUCAGUGUCUUUGACGACAAAUCUUCUCAAGGGUUUGAUGACCGUAUUUCCAAAGAUUCCAAGAAAGAAGCAGAUAAGCCUCGUUUGCUGAAGAAAGACACAGCGCCAGAAAGUCCUCGUGAAACUCGCUCGGAGAGCAGACGCUCGUCACGAACGUUUUCCCUUACUUCCAACAUAUUCAAGCGGUUGUCUAAAUCAGGAAAGCGGUCCAGUUCUGUGUCAGAAGAGCCCGUAGCAGGGGCCCCACGUCGCAUGCCGUCCAACGCAACUCCAUCUAGUGCCUCUGGUAAGGUGCCAGAGAGCAGCGGGGUCAAGUUCACCAAGGAGGAGUUGGGUAUAAUGCAAGAAAAUGGAGCGUUGCUCAAUGAAUUGGAGUUGGUGUCCACCGAGCUUGCUUCUUCGAUUCGUCGUGAAGUGGCAUUGGAAUACCGUCUUCAGGGACGAGACUCAGGGCAAGCAGAAUCAGACUUGUUGCACGAACUUACGCAGAAGCUGAAGGAUAUCAGUGACCUACAAGAAAAGCUCAAUAAAGAAAGAAGGCUCAGGUUUAUAAGUGAAGAGCACGCAUUGUUCCUCGAGAACGGUGUCUCACCCAGCCCUCUCAAGCUCAACUACGAGAAAACCGAGCUCUACAAACAGUUGUUGAUCAAAAACGAUAUGGUGAAUCAAUUGCAGGACAAGUUGGCCGAGUAUCAAGACAAGGACGAAUAUCUGCUGUUGUACGAGAAGUAUCAAGACUUGGUGAAAGAACACACCGAUCUUAAAUAUAACGUUAUGCCUGAGCUUGAACGAAGAGCCAAGGGAGUGCGGGUUCCAGCAGACAGAGGCUUGAUGUUGGCGCCUGGAGAAGAGGACGAUUACAGCCAGGCGCUGGAGAUUGCCAGGCUUCAAAGCCAGCGUGAGGAUCUUCGCGAAGUUAUCGGCAAAAUGCAGCAGCAACACAAGAUUGAGAUAAACCAUGCUCACGAGAAGAUACGCAAGCUCGAGACCAAGCUCCGUGACAUAGCACUCAUCAAUGACAAGCUUACAUCACGAAUGGACUCGAGUUCUGCUGUUGGAUCCAAUAACUCACUGCAGCAAAAUCUCCCAUUACCAGGCGGAAAGCUCCAAGGCUUGUCGAUUGUUUCGCCAAAAAAGACCAUCUUUGACUAG